UGUGAAUUUUCUCAUAAGCAAAUACACUUCUGUGUUGAAGGCUGUGAAAAUAAUCCCGCGUUUCAAAAAACUGGUGCUGGUCGCCAGUGAUUCGUGGGAGUCUCUGAACGUUUAGAGCAUAAAGAUCUAUCGUAUUGUCAACAAUCCUGUAACACCUAUUUGUGUAAAGUCCGCGCUGGUUCGUGGACGAAAAUUUGAAGAAGCCUUCAGUCGUACCCCUAACCUUUAAUUGAUUAAUUCGUUUCUUUCGAGAAAGUGAACAGAACUUUCGAUGAAUUUACGGAUUAUACUUAUAGUUAGUUUCUUCGUAAACAUUUUCGCUGACCAAUCGAAGUGGUUUAUACACGAUGACGCCAAGGAAUGGAAUGACGACGAUGGCGUCGAUUUUAUGUCGAAAGAAUUACUCCUACCGGUUAAAACAAAAAAUACACAGGAACCGAAACCGGUUAAAGUAACCAGGCCCGCCAAGCCCCAAAUUAACCAAUUAAAAACAGAAACUGUGCAAUCAAAGCCCGCAACUGAUAAUAAAAAGACAAUUAAAAAGGCUUCCAAUGUUCCAAGUGUAGGAAAGCGUAACUUAGUUAUAGACGAUGACGAACUUUCGUCACACGAGUUUAUUAUUGUAGAUCAUAGUAAAACAAAGCCAAAACCCUCUGCCAAAAAAAUACCAGUCAAAUCUCAGUCUGUCUCAUCUCAUAAUGCAGCAAAAAAUAAAACAAAAGUUUUACCUGAUUCACCUAAUUCUCCGUGCUUUGACAAAGAUGUCAAUUGCUUAUUAGCCAUGGAGGAACUUUUAGCUCACUCUAAGAAAUCUGCAGUGGCACCACGAGUAGCAUUUAUACCUAGUGUAAAAACAACAACCCCGGAACCUAAAGCAGCGGUGCAGGCUCACCGUGUAGCUGAUAAUGUAGUUAAUGCUGGUGAACACGCCCAAAGACAUCUUUUACUCGUAGAACAUGAAGUCAAUGACGAAUCUGACGAAGACAUUUUAAAUUCCAUCAACGAUCAACAAGUUAAACGAUACCGACGACAAGCUACCGGCGAAGGCGAUGGUGGCUCCGGAGCAGGAUUCUUCGAAGAAACAACAGACGCUUUGCCACCGGCGGAAUUGGAAUUCUCGAUAUCCCAAACCAUUACUUUAGAAGAUACAGUUCAAGGCCCUUUAUCAGAGACAGAUAGAGCGCUUUAUUCAGCAGCAUUUAAAAAGGAGCUGGAAAGACUGUACGCUUUUUUCCCCGGAUUUAAAAGAGUCGAUAUUACAGAUGUAACACUAAAUGCAGAAGGAAAGCCACAGGUCCAAUAUUCUAUUGUUCUGAAUGGUGCGAAAAUUGGUGCAUUUGGAAGUACACCCGACGAAAGGUUGGCAAACAUUCUUGGAGAAAUCAAAAGUGCGGGAAAUGUUUUCAGUGAAUCAAAUCCAAUCCUUGGAAGCAAUAUUGUCCCACCAGACCUCAACCUUGAAGACUUUAACCAAACAGUCUCUCUUUUACUAUCGGAUGUGUGUAAUGCUGACGAUCCUUGUCCAGCUGGUUAUAUGUGUACAGCCAAUAAAACAGACACCGGCGAAUAUUCAGAUGAUACCGUCUGUAUGCAUGCUUGUUACUUUACUAAGUUAAAUGUUUUGUGUCAAAAUGAUGCUAUUUGCACACUGGAUAGCAACAACGAACCUUAUUGCCAAUGCGGAACAUCACAUAGUGGUGUUUUUUGUGAAAAUGAAGGUGCACAGACAUCUGACAGUCUUUCUACUGCUGAAGUCAUUGGAAUUACCACCGGUACUUUGCUUGCUGUUGCAGCCUGUGCAUCAUGUUGUUUCUUCCUGCUUUUCUGUAGAAAAAAGAGUGGCACGGACAUGGAAUACAGUUACUAUGGUGAUGAUGAUAAUUUAAUGGAAGGCUAUAUGGACCAAGCUUCCAGUCUUGGUAUCUCAAAUAUGUAUAUUGAUCGACCACGAGUUUCUAUACAGCCACUAGAUAUAUACAACGAUCGAAACUUAGGAGCUCAAGCUUAAUUAAGGUAUGGAGGUUGAAUUUCGCUUCGGUAUCAACUAAGCCAAAAUUCAGCGUUAACCAGAACCGUUCCAAGUGUUAUUCCCGGUGCUUUUCCAAAGCUUGAUUAUGCACUGCCGUAGUGAAAGCAUCAUCUAAACAUUAGUGAAACAAGACCAAAUGAUCGCGUAAAAUCUGAACUCGAAUCUUAGUAUCUGUUUCGUAUAUCCAGUGCAUAUUGUGUAUUUCAUAGUGUUAUUCAAUAUCAAUAAGGGGAUGCUAAAGCAUAAAUAGCCUAGUUUGCCAAGUCUUUCUUGCUCAAAAAAACGGGUGCCAUGUUGUGCUCAACGAUUGGUUAAUUGUGUUACUAUUUAAUUCUUGUGUCAUGUAAUCGUGUAUUCGUAAGGGCCUUUGUGAAUAACCUUUUAUUUUAAAACAAUUCGUGUAUUCUUAAAGUUCUUUUAUUUGUAUCGAUUUGUGUACUUUAAAAUGUCUUUUUGUUUCAAUUUGUGUAUCCUUAAAUGUCACUUUUGUUUCAAUAUGUUUAUCUUUAAAUGCCUUUUUUGUAUAUGCUUAUUAUAUUAACUCAAUUACUCACGCCUGCUUUUCUUAGUUCGUUAUAUUUAUCACCAUCGGGGAUCUCAUCUACUUACUGAAUUUAUUAAAGGGACAAUAAGCCAGAAUAAAAAAAAAUCCUUUACCACCAACACAUAUAAGUCAGAAUAUUACUUAAAUCGACCGCACUAAAACAUGUAUUAUGCAAGAGCUAAAUCUGCCUAUUGCAAGUCCUUCUUUAGGCCUGAAAUGUUAUCUAAACUAUUAAUUAGACAUUAAUUAACUUAUCCAGACCAUGAUCAACUCUCGAUGGCAUCGUUAGCCUGUGAUGUUUAUUGGAUUAGGUUCCGAUUUGCUGUUCGACUUCCAUUUGUAAUUAAAUCAUGAAAUAGAUAAUCGAGACUAUGUUUUUUUAUCCUACCGACUUUAGUAAUGAUGAUGGAGCCUAGGCCGAAAAUUCAAUCGCUAAAUUCUCCGUUCAUAGUGGAUCAUUUUGGCUGAAAUUUUCAGAACUAUCAGCUCUUUAUCUAAUCUCCCAUACUGUAUCUUUAACUAAAUAUGAUUUGUGAACUUGUUUGUUCUCUAGAGUGCUUAAUAUUUGCCUACACUUUGUGAACCACCUGGCUUACUGUUCCUUUAAUUACAGAUCAUAUUUGCAUUACAAUAAAUAUACUAAUUUCGUUUCGUUUUACAGAUUGAAUCAAAUGUUAAACAAAUAAUUUAACGAAACGCAAUAACGAGAUUUAUUUUAAUCAGAUGCCAAAUCGGGUAUUACAGUUUAAAUAUUUAGAAUUUAACCCAGGGGCCAAUAUUCAAUUUAAUUUCUUUAGAAUCAUUAUUAAUCCAUUUCUGUUAAAUUUGAUAUUAUUUUCUAUUUCAUCAAGGAUGAGAGUUAACAAAAUAUCAAAGAUGAAUCAAUUGUAAUAAAUUAUUUGUAAUAGAUUGUUUGAAGGAGAUUGUAUAUUUUUAACAUGCAUCUUAAUGUUCUUAUAUUAUUAUGAAAUAACCCCCAGAAAUGACAUGACCUAGAAAUAUCAAAUAUCAUUUUGGCGACAAUGAAAAUAAUCAGAGAUUUCUCGACUGAACUAAGAUAAAAACGAUUACCAAUGUACUGUGGACGCGGAACUGAGAAUGACGUCAUCGCAACCGUCUUUGAAUUGUUACGUCAUAUCAAAAAUCGAAGUAAAACGAUGCGCAUGGAACAGGUAUGCCAAGUGUUAAGUCGAUCGUACUUGAAUUGGCGGACCCUUGGACUUUUUACGAACAGCGUCGCACAAAACAUCAACAAAAAGAACGGUUAGGGCUUAGUUCCGGAUCCAAUAAAAGAGGUUUUUUUUAUAACGUGUUUUCGUGAUCAUAAUUUUUUUUCUUGAACCCCAUAAACUAGAUAUUGUAAUUUUUAAACAUUGUUACGGAAAUUAUCUUGAAAUUUGCUAUUGCCUUGAUAUAGCCUUCAUUUAUUUGUUUUUCAAAGAGGGAAAUUUUUUAUUGGUAUUGUUUUAUUUAUUAUGCGGGAUAAAAUGGUCAACACCUUAUUCUAAAAUCCUUUGUAUUUUUUUCAGAGUUGAAUAAUUAUUAUUAUAUAAUAUAAUAAAAAGAAAUCAUCCCAUUUAUCCUUGAACGUAGAAUCAAAACUCUUCGUGUUUCACACAAUAAUGAAACAAAAAGAUGUCUUUAGCUUUAUCCCUUUUUAUUAUACUUUCUCCUUGGAAACAUGAGUCCGAACGCUGGUCGUUCACAAAGGACAAAAAGUCAUUCUUAUUGUUAAAAUAAUUUUCACCUAUGUAUUAUAGAAAUUAUAUUGUUAAUAAUUGAUAUUUAUUAAAAGAUCCAAAUAAGAAA